AAUUGAUUAGAGAGUGAGUAGUAAGUACCAUCCCAAUUUAAUCAUCCCUUUCUCUCUUCUCCUUCUUCUGUUUCUUCUCCAUCAUUCAAAGUGACAAUGAAGUACACGACGUUACGCGUCUUCUUCUUUGCUUGAUUCUUUAGCAAGAAAUCUUUUCCCCUCUGGCACUAGUCGGAAUCGAGAAACUUGGAGCAUCCAUCCCCGGAGAUGGUUUCGUUUGCGGGUUUCGUGUUCGUUUUCGGAUUUCUACUGGGGAUUCUCGCGAUCGUUGCGGCGGAAGUAAUUGGGUUUUUGUAUCUUGUGAAGCGGCUGAAUCGGAAGAGUAAUCGACAGGAACCGAGUUCGGGUUCUGAUCCAACUCAUAAGAACUUUGAUCCUCGCCAGUCCGUUGAUUUCAGUCUCAGCAAACAGGGAGUGAUCUGGAUUUUGGAAAUGGACGAAAGUGUAAAGGAUUGGAUGAAGGAGAAAUUGCAAAAGGAGCAAAAGAAGAAGAGACUAGAUCUCUUGGAGGUACAUCCAGUUAGGAGAUUUGCUCGUAUCAAAGACCAUAAGCUCAUCUUGUCAGAUUCAGAUGGCACUCAGACUUCUAUUACUUUGAAAGGUUGCUUUGUUGACGCUGUUUCAGGGUCUGGACCGACUAGGAAAUGGGCUAAAAGAUUUCCUAUACAAGUAGAAAGCAAAACUUCUGUUUUGUACAAGGGAAACCGACUGUUGUACAUUUUCUUAGAGACUUCUUGGGAGAAGGAGUCAUGGUGUAAAGCUCUUCGUCUUGCUGCUUGCGAGAAUCAGGAAAGGUUUAUUUGGUCCACCAAAUUGAAAGACGAUUUCCGAAUCUAUUUGGCUUCCCUGAAUGCAGCAUAUCCUUCUUUUAUGAAACCAUCAGCUGGGUUUAGUUUUGAGUCACUGGACAAAGGGUUUAAAGUGGAUGGUCCCUCAUCAAAGGUUCGUUUGUUCUGGAAGAAAUUUUCGAAAAAGUGCUCGACUAAAGUAAAUUUGCCCCCGUCAAUUCGUGAAGACAAGAAGACUUCAACCCGCCCUUACCAAGAUUCACAAUCUACUGGUAGCUCUGGGAAAAGCACCCCAGCUAGAAAGAUGCAAGAUAACAUUCCUGAGGAAACCGAUGUCCAAGUGUACUCACGUUCUUGGAGCCAUAGCAGUCAUGCAUCAGAUGUAGAUUCAGAAGAUAAGUCUUUUGAUGAAGGAACACUGGCAUUGAACGUACUAAUUUCGCGGCUGUUCUUUGAUGUCAAACAGAACAAAGUGCUGAAGAAUUUAGUUCGCGAACGAAUCCAGCGGGUAAUGUCCAACAUGAGACUUCCCAGCUACAUAGGCGACUUAAUCUGUUGUGAUGUAGACAUUGGAAAUCUCCCACCUUAUAUACACGGUACAAGAAUUCUUCCAAUGGAGAUGAAUGGUGUGUGGGCGUUCGAACUAGAUAUUGAAUACACUGGCGGUGCGGGAAUUGAUGUUGAAACUCGGGUUGAUGCCCGAGAGGAAGAUCUGCAGAAAGGCAUUGCUGAGGGAAAGUUGCAGCCAAAUCCUGCUGGGGAUGUUCCACCUGAUCUCCUUGAAGGUCUUGCAGAUUUUGAGAAGCAAUUAAGUGUCCCCGGAGGAACUGUUGAUGCACAAGAUGUGAAAAAUGGUGGAACUGAUAAAGCUGGUGAAUCUAAGGGUCCAAAAGGUACAAAAGCAGCUCCGAGCAAUGGAUCCAAGUGGAAAUCUAUUCUGAAGAACAUUGCUGAACAAGUUUCCCAGGUCCCUAUUACUUUGUCUAUAGGGGUGUCUUCGCUUCGAGGGACACUCUGCGUACAUAUGAAGCCGCCUCCAUCAGAUCAACUGUGGUUUGGCUUCACAAGCAUGCCCGAUAUUGAAUUCAACCUUGUCUCUUCUGUUGGUGAACACAAAAUCACAAACAGCCAUGUUGCUAUGUUCUUGGUCAACCGGUUCAAGACGGCAAUACGAGAGGUCAUGGUGCUCCCCAAUUGUGAAAGUUUAACCAUUCCUUGGAUGACAGCUGAAAAGGAUGAUUGGGUCGAACGCAAUAUUGCUCCAUUCAUGUGGCUGAAUCAAGACUCGACCAGUGAUCACGACAAUUUAGAAUGUGCAGAAGCGAAACCUAAAGCUGACAAGCCACCGACUUCUGAACAAAUGCAGAAAACUGCCAACGUUCCCCAGAAGCCUAGAAUUGAGGAAGAACCCGUGUUUGCACCAUCAGCUAAUUCAACAUCUCUGAUAGUAGAGAGUGACAAAUCCUUGGACGAACUCCAGACUCCGUUGCUGGAAAGCAGUGAAAAGCAGGAUUCGAUGGCACAAGGAGGCAAUGCCAGAGAUAUUACUCCGAGUAGUAUUCAAUCACCGUCAAUGUCUACUGUGUCGAGCGAGGAGGAUGAUUCGCAUUUAAAGGGAAAUAAAAUGGGGGCAGCAAAGGCGAGGAUGUUCGAUUUCAGGAAGAAAGUGGGAGAGAAGUUUGAAGAGAAGAAACGUCACGUGGAGGAAAAAAGUAGACAGAUUGUUGAAAAGAUGAGAGGUCCUUGACACAGAAGAAGCUUUUCUUUCUUUUCUUUUCUUUUUUUUUUUCUUUUUCAGGUUUCAGACAAAAACAAAAACUGAUAGUCAAUAGAUUAGAGUAUAGGAUACUGGUACUUGUGUUCAAAUGUUUGGUAUAAAUAUCUGAUUAUUGCGAAAUCA